CUACUUCGCAACAGCGUGGCAAAUAACUGUUUCUGCCGAACGUAGUCUGGUCGCGGGCGUGAGCGAGAGGGAGAGAGAUAUAUUCCCGCUAAUAACGGGACGAGCAAGGAAUAGACAAAAUUGCCAGUAUGUGUGUUGGUAUUAAUGUAUGUGGAGUGAAGUAAGUCUCCAAAGUGUGUUGGUAUUGCGUGUAGACUCGGGUUCUACGCAUUAUUGCAACAUUUGUUCUUCACAUUAAGUUUUUGAUCGCCGAAGAAGUUAGACAUGCCUCGCUCCCGAAUUAAACGCGCGGCCAGAAAACGUUACGCUGACGCGGUGGAAAGCGAUGCAGAACACGAAAGUGAUCGCGAUUCGACAUCAGAAGUGGGAUCGCCUACUCCUACUCCCAAUAGUGAAAAUAAUUUACUGACAAUUUUGGAGUCGCAAACUCGCCAUUUUUCUGAACUGUUAAAACAAGUGCAAAACUCACAAAGAGACCCAAAAAACUCAAAUGCUGUCGUAUUGCCAAAGUUUAAUCCCGAACGCUCAGGCUCAGACGCUCAAUCCUGGUGCUCAACGGUGGAUUAUAUAUUUUCCGAAAAUCAACUGGACGGCAGCGCUCUUGUGAUGACCCUCAGCAAGUCGCUGGAAGGGAGCGCGUCCCAUUGGCUAUCUCAGACGUGCUUCCCUGGCAUAACAUGGACUCAGUUCCGAGAAUUAUUUUUGCAACAUUUUGCGGGAACAGAGACAUUAGCUGCAGCGGUUAUGAAUCUGCUACAAGGAUGCCCUACGGAAGGAGAGUGCCUGUCAUUAUACGGAAGCCGAAUGGUUACUUCGCUUAUGGCCAGGUGGAAGUCGCUGAGUGUGGAACAAAUUGCAGUCUCCGUUGCGCUGGCACAUGCAGCUGGAAUUGACAGGCGUUUGAGGCGUUUAGUUUUUACCACCAAUAUCGACACUCGGAACGAAUUACAACAAGAACUUAAAGCUUAUUCGUUUGAUGCUAGACCGAGCCAGCAUUCCAACAAUACAUCAGCGCCGCCAGGAAAACGAGCUAAGCUCUAUUCUCACAUCAAGUGUCAUAAUUGCGGAAAAACCGGCCACAAAAAGGCGGAGUGUCGCUCAAAACCAUUGGCAGAUUAUACCCAGCAACCCGGCCAACAACGCCCUGGUUACAUGGGAGGAAGAGAUCGGUCUUCUGUGACCUGCUACAAGUGCGGAAAAGAUGGACACGUUUCUACUGUGUGUCCUGAUCGUCAGGAGCGUUCGUCAUCUAACAAAACCCAUAUCGUAAAAGAAGUCAACAUCUGUACUGUCCUUGAGCCCGUUGGAACUGUAUCGCAAUCUGGUGAGUCGUUCCAAUUCUGCUUCGAUUCCGGAGCUGAAUGCUCACUCAUCAAAGAAGCCGCCUCGCAGAGACUAUCCGGAACUAGAAUAAGCAGCGUAGUCAUUUUAAAGGGUAUUGGUAGUAAUACUGUUUGUAGCACUUUACAGAUACUGGCAAAUGUUAUGAUUAGUGAACGUUCAUUUGAAAUAUUGUUUCAUGUAGUGUUAAAUGAUUACAUCAAGUAUGACGCUCUGAUUGGUCGAGAUAUUCUGAGCCAGGGAAUCGGCGUGACAAUUACAUCAAAGGCCCUUACUAUGUUUAACGAAAAAUCUAUAUUACCCAUUGAAGUUUCUGAAUGCAAUCCUGAUUUGGCUACUGUUGACACCGACGUGCAUGGAUCUGAUAGAGACCAAUUGUUAUCAAUUUUGCAAGAAUAUUCGGGUUCAUUUAUUAGUGGAAUUCCACAAAGCCGUGUGUCUACAGGACAGCUAGAAAUUCGCUUGAUCGACCAAAAUAAGACGGUUCAAAGACGCCCGUAUAGGUUGAGUGUAGACGAAAAGGCAAAAGUUCGGCAUCUAAUUCAACAGCUGUUAGAAUCAAACAUUAUAAGACCUAGUUAUUCCCCCUUUGCGAGCCCUAUGUUGCUUGUUCGAAAGAAAAAUGGUACAGACCGCCUCUGUGUGGAUUAUAGGGAGCUUAAUGCAAAUACAGUCUCGGAGAAAUAUCCAUUGCCGCUUAUUUCAGAUCAGAUCGCUAGGCUGAGUGGUGCCAGGUUUUUUCAGUUGUAUAGACAUGGCAAGCGGGUUUCACCAGAUCCCAAUUCACCCGAAUUCAAUUGAGCGGACGGCGUUCGUUACUCCAGAAGGCCAAUUCGAAUAUUUAACUAUGCCAUUCGGACUCAAAAAUGCCCCUGCUGUGUUCCAAAGAGCCAUUAAUCGUGCCUUAGGUGAUC